CGAAUAUACAAGAAAAAAUACACCAGUACACAUUCGCAUAUCAAAUGAGAAUGAUUGUACAUUAAUAUCAAUACACUUUUCACUUUCACUCUCGGCUCUGGUUUGAGCGAGCAUUUUUGCCAUUACCACUAACCACCACCGCUGCUCACCACCUGGCCUCAACACUGCUCUAACGUGACAGUGAGAAAGGACAGUCUCCUGUGUAAAGGAUAGAAACCAGUGUUUACAGCGCUCAUUGAAGCCAUCAAUCACUGUAAAAAAACCACAAGACAAUAUGGUUGAAGCACUCGAUCCUACUGAACUGACCCCAGUUCACCCUGCCAUUAUUUCUAGACAGGCCACGAUCAACAUCGGUACGAUUGGUCAUGUAGCACACGGUAAGAGUACCGUUGUUAAGGCUAUCUCCGGUGUGCACACCGUUCGUUUCAAGAACGAGUUGGAGCGUAAUAUUACAAUUAAGCUCGGAUACGCGAACGCCAAAAUUUACAAGUGUGAAAAUCCCGAUUGUCCCCGUCCUGGCUGCUACCGUUCAUACUCCUCUAACAAAGAGGAUGAACCUUUGUGCGAGGUGCCCAAUUGUGGCCACAAAAUGAAGCUGAUCCGUCACGUUUCGUUUGUUGACUGUCCCGGUCACGAUAUUCUCAUGGCUACUAUGCUUAACGGUGCUGCCGUUAUGGACGCAGCCCUUUUGCUGAUUGCUGGCAAUGAACCCUGUCCUCAACCUCAAACGAGUGAGCAUCUUGCUGCCAUCGAAAUCAUGCAACUGAAGCAUAUCAUCAUUUUGCAAAACAAGGUGGAUUUGAUUCGUGAGUCUGCCGCCGAAGAACAUUACCAAUCCAUUCUGAAAUUCAUUAAGGGUACAGUUGCCGAAAACGCACCAAUUGUCCCUAUCUCCGCCCAAUUGAAGUACAACAUAGACGCUAUUCUGGAGUACAUUGUCAAAAAGAUUCCCAUUCCCGUGCGUGACUUCACAUCUGCUCCCCGUCUCAUUGUCAUUCGUUCUUUCGACGUCAACAAGCCUGGUGCCGGUGUUGAGGACUUGAAGGGUGGUGUCGCCGGUGGUUCUAUUCUCACCGGUGUUCUUCACCUUGGCGAUGAGAUUGAAAUCCGUCCUGGUAUUGUUACUAAGGACGAUGAUGGCCGUAUCAAGUGCCAACCCAUUUUCUCUCGCAUCGUCUCUCUUUUCGCUGAGCACAACGACCUGAAGCUGGCCGUUCCUGGUGGUUUGAUCGGUGUGGGUACCACCGUCGAUCCUACCUUGUGCCGUGCUGAUCGUCUUGUCGGUCAAGUUUUGGGUUCUAAGGGCAACCUUCCUGAAGUUUACACAGAGCUUGAGAUCAACUAUUUCUUGCUCCGCCGUCUUUUGGGUGUGAAGUCGGGUGACAAAAACACGACGAAGGUGCAAAAGCUCGCUAAGAAUGAAGUCUUGAUGGUGAACAUCGGUUCGACGUCUACGGGUGGACGUGUCAUGAUGGUCAAGGCCGACCUUGCAAAGAUCCUUCUUACUGCUCCUGCAUGUACCGAGAUUGGUGAGAAGGUUGCUCUUAGUCGCCGUAUCGAAAAGCACUGGAGAUUGAUCGGUUGGGCUAAGGUUGUUGAGGGUAAGACUCUCAAAGUUUAG